AUGGUGCGAGUCACGGACAUCGGUGCUGUCUCAGAGGCAUUCGCAGUGACCAACGGAGUGAAGCAGGUAUGCCCCGGGAUUCGCAUCGCCUAAAGGACGAAUGGUCACCUGCAGAAUCGACGGCGGCUACACUUCCAAUAGCGCGUAUCCACAACCACCGUCCACGAACUUCGCUUCGCUGACGACUGCGCCCUAAACAUCAACUCGGGAGAAGAGAUGCAAAGCAGUAUGGACCUGUUCUCCUCCGCCUGUGAGAACUUCGGUCUAGUCAUCAGCACGCAGAAGACCGUGGUGAUGCACCAAUUUUCACACAACUCAGCCACAUUCCCCAACGCGUCGCAAAUCAGCGUGACUGGGACCCAACUGCAAGUGAUUGAAAUCUUCCCGUACCUGGGUAGAACUUUCUCCCGCGACACCAAGAUCGAUGGCGAAGUGGACAGCAGGAUCUCAAAAACCAGUCAAGCCUUCGGUCGCCUCCAAAGCACAGUUUGGAAUCGUCACGGACUUCAACUGAGCACGAAGCUAAAGAUGUUCAAGGCCGUCAUCCUGCCGACGCUAAUGUAUUGA